AACAAUGCUGAUCCGAUUCUAGAAUGGUCCGCAGCUCUAUCCUUGCAAUAUAUAAGGCGUGUGUUCGGAGAGCUGCCCCAGAUCACAAACUGAGAUCCGCCACUUCACACCAGCCGCCUUUCAGAGAAGUGACAGAAGAAGCAGAAACGAUGCUCAGCUGUCGGACUUGCCAGACCUCCCGCCUGUUCCAGCAGCCUGUGCACACACUGUGGCCCGUUCCACUCACUGUCUUUGAGCCGCUCGAAUGUAACGUGUGGAAACAGGUGGAGGAAAUGCGAAAGGGCAUGAAUUUCAUGGAGAGAAUUUUCGAGGAGUUGGCUAAAGAGUUCUGGGGGGAAAGACCGAGAAUUGGAGCCGGAGCCGAAGGAGGUCAGAGCGGAACAGUGGGCAAGAGUGGAGAUGGCUUCUCUGUGUCCCUGCAUGUACCACGAUUCUCCCCGGAAGAACUGAAGGUGAAAGUCCUUGGAAGAAAAGUGUUGGUGACAGGAGAAUACGAGAAGAAGAGCCACGAUGGCAGCGGCUCUUACAGCUACAGGUAUGAGGAAUUCAGGAGGGAAUUCCCGCUGCCAGAAGACGUCGAUACCCAGGCUGUGAAGUGUUGCUUGACCGAGGACGGUCGGUUAAAGAUACAAGCCCCGCGCCUUGCUCUGCCCUCUCUGGAUGAGCGAAUCGUCCCGAUCAACAUCGAAACCGAUACAACAUCCAGUCCCCGACAGGAUCCCCGGGAGAAAGCACAGAAAAAGGAGAGUGGAGGAACUGAGGGGAACAGCGAAACAAAAAUGGACAAUUCUGCCUAAUUUGCAACAAAUCCUGGAAAAUGCCAAUAAAUGCAGAUAAAAAGUAUGUUUUAACAGUAUGUCAUGUAAAUUCUUGUUUGCUUGACAGUCAGAGAUUGAUCGCUGUGUCAAUAUUUACAUUCAUGUCGAGUAUUUUAUAUAAAUGUAUUUAAAAAUAAACACCUUAAAGGGGAAAUCCUUGCUGUGUGUUAUU